AUGGGUCGCUCCAAACAUCACAAGUUUUUCAUUCUGGUCGAGGUGAAGCUUAUGGCCCAUAUAUUCAGCAUGAGCAGUACAAUGUCAGGAAGAGGCAAGGGCGGGAAAGGACUCGGGAAGGGAGGCGCUAAGCGGCACCGUAAGGUUCUCCGCGAUAACAUCCAGGGAAUCACCAAGCCCGCUAUUCGCCGUCUGGCGCGCCGUGGCGGAGUGAAGCGUAUUUCCGGCCUGAUCUACGAGGAGACUCGUGGUGUGCUCAAGGUGUUUCUGGAGAACGUCAUCCGCGACGCCGUCACCUACACCGAGCAUGCUAAGAGAAAGACCGUCACCGCCAUGGAUGUGGUGUACGCGCUGAAACGCCAGGGACGCACCCUGUACGGCUUCGGCGGUUAAACACUCCAAUGGCUAACGACACGAACACAACGGCUCUUUUAAGAGCCACCCACG